UGGAUCUAAUUUCCUACAAAGUUUGCUCUCUGGUAAAAAAAAUCUUGGUUGUUGAUGACAAUAUGGUAAACAGACGAGUUGCUGCAGGUGCAUUAAAGAAGUUUAGAGCUGAUGUAGUGUGUGUUGACAGUGGCAAAGCUGCAUUGGAUUUGCUUCAAAUACCACACAAUUUUGAUGCUUGUUUCAUGGAUAUUCAAAUGCCUGAAAUGGAUGGCUUUGAGGCAACUCGUAGGAUUCAACAGAUGGAGAGGAAGCCAAAUGGGGACAUAAAUGGGGGACUCGAAGGAGUUGCGAGAAAGGGUGAGUGGCAUGUGCCAGUAUUAGCUAUGACCGCUGAUGUUAUUCAUGCUACUUAUGAUGAGUGCGUUAAAUGUGGUAUGGAUGGAUAUGUCUCAAAGCCAUUUGAGGAAGAGAAUUUGUAUCAAGCCGUGGCGAAGUUCUUCAAAUCUAAACCAGACUCUUAGUUCUCCUUUUGCUUCACAAAAGCUGCAAAUUGCAUAUCUGCAGGCCUCUUAUUUGUUAGAGCAUCACCAGCACUUUUUCAAUUUUGCCGGGGCCUGGUUUCAUCUAGAGAAGAGCAACAGUUGAUCCUGGAGUUUUGAUGACUUCUAAUGCUUGAAGUCAAUACAGGUUCGAGAAGUCGUUUCUAACCAACUUUAUAACUUGAUUAUUCCCACAUCCACUUAAAUGUAUACUAGACAAACCUCCCUUCCCACUUGUAUGUAUAGAAUCAUUAGAAUUGAAGGAGAAGGAGCAAAAUGUGUAAAUCAUAUGUUUUUGCAUGCCUCCUUGGAAUCUUUCGUUUAGGAAGUGGCCGGUAUCAAUACAUUGAUUUGUAUCAUUCUAUAGUAGAACAAAUUUAAUGUUUAAAAAAGAAAUCGUUACGUGAAGUUG